AUGAGACUUCCUCAGUCGUUAUUGUUGAUGGCCGCCGCUGGGUCGGCGGCCCAGGCUAGUAGUGACAAGCCUGCGCGUCCCCGUGGCGUGGGCCCCGAAUUUGCCAAAUUCUACCAGGACGCCACCACAUUCACCUGUAUCUCGAAUCCCUCGGUCAAAAUCCCCUUCUCGGCCGUCAACGAUGACUUCUGUGACUGUCCCGAUGGAAGUGACGAGCCGGGGACGGCUGCCUGCUCACAUAUCUCGCGCAAUUCCCCGCCGACGGUGGCCGACCGCCCUGGGAACAACGAUUUGGACAUCGCACUUGCCCUCCCGGGAUUCUACUGCAAAAAUAAGGGCCACCGGCCAUCAUACAUCCCGUUCCAGCGUAUCAACGAUGGUGUCUGUGAUUAUGAGCAGUGUUGUGAUUGUAGCGACGAGUGGGCUCGCGUUGGGGGCACGAAGUGUGAAGACCGUUGCAAGGAAAUCGGCAAGCAAUGGCGGAAGCAGGAGGAGCAGAACCAAAAGUCUAUGACUGCUGCGCUGAGGAAGAAGAAGGAUCUUCUCGUUGAUGCAGCUCGCCAGCAGCAGGAGAUUGAGGACCAUAUCGUCCGGCUAGAGGCUGAAAUUCAAGGCGCAGAGGUCAAGGAACAAAAUCUCGAGGCUGAACUGAAGCUCGCCCAGGAGCAGGACCGCAAAGUGGUCCGUACUGGGAAGGGUAAAGGCAAGGUCAGUGCCCUUGCAAAUCUUGCCAAGGGUCGUGUUGAUGAGCUACGCAAUGCGUUGGUUGAUGUGCGCCGCCAGCGGGAUGAAAUCCGCGGGCAGGCAAAGGAGCUUGAGGAUAUUCUGGCCAAGUUCAAGGUGGAAUAUAACCCCAACUUCAAUGAUGAAGGUGUCAAGCGCGCUGUCCGCAGCUAUGAGGACUAUGCUGCUCGUGAACAAACCUCUGAGGGCGGAAAUGGUGCUGUGGAGCGUGACUUGGACGAGAUUCUCAAGGCCGAUGGCGCAGAUAAUGGUGUUAACUGGGAGCACUGGGAAAAUGAGGAGGAUGGUUGCAAUGAUGCGGAUCUAGUGUACAAACUGGCUGCUUAUCUCCCGCCUUCGCUUGUUAGCUUUAUUGAAGACAAGAUCGUCUCUGCUAGGAGCUUCCUUGAGGAUCAGGGCAUUUUGCCCAAAGCCAACGGGGACUCUUCCUCGGAAUCCAAGGCUGUGACCCAGGCACGGGACGCACUCAAGGCCGCCCAAGACUCUGUUUCAAGUCUCAAAAACAAGCUGCGCGAUCAGCGUGCCGACCUUGAGCAGGACUACGGUCCUGCUUCCAUCUUCCGCGCACUUAAAGGGGUGUGCAUCUCUCUGGAUGCGGGUGAGUACACCUAUGAGCAUUGCUUCCUCGAGUCAACGAAACAGAACCAGCGGAAGGGAGGCAAUUCCGUGUCUAUGGGUCGAUUCUCCAAAGUUGGAACUACGAGCGUGGAAGAGGUUAAUGAGGCUGGCGAUGUCAUCAACAUCGAGAAGACCGUGAUCGAGUACGAUCGCGGCCAGUCUUGCUGGAAUGGACCUAGCCGGUCUACCAAGGUCAUUUUAGAGUGUGGUGAGGAGAAUAAGAUCCUGAAAACAGCAGAAGAGGAAAAGUGCGUGUACUCGAUGCUUGUUACCUCGCCAGCUGCUUGUGCCGGUGGUGAGGAGGCAGGCAACGCUGCUCCUCGCUCGAAAGACGAGCUGUGA